GAUGAAGCGACAACGCCAGGAGUUGCUAGAGCAAAAGCUAAAGGCCGAGCAGCUGCCCGAUGAGCUGACUCGCACGGAGCUCAACACGACCUGGGUAUCGCCCGGGAUGAAGAGCCUCUACGUCGAUGCCAAGGACCGGGAUGUGAUGCACAAAACACGCUGCGAAAGCUUCGGCCUGAAGAUGUCGCAAUCCUCUCCGCUGAUUACCUCGCCGUCCUCCCCUCUUAU